GAUUGAUACCCCUCUCAUCCUCGUCUUUUGGCGCGAUCCUCUUUCCUCGGAGUCCUCCGGGGGUGAACUCCGAAUUCAAGGCCAUGGAUGCGGUCGGCCGGCGGCUUUUCUCGGUCGACCCCCUGGAGCGCCACGCCGCCAAGGGCCACGGCGUCAUCACCUCCAUGUCCGCCGGCAAUGAUGUUAUCCUCCUCGGCACCAGCAAGGGUUGGCUCAUCCGCCACGACUUCGGCCUCGGCGACACCCAAGAUCUGGACCUCGGGGGAGGGCGCUCGGGCGACCAGGCUGUGCAUCGGGUGUUCGUGGACCCAGGGGGCAGCCACUGCAUCGCCACGGUCCUUCACCCCGCCGGCGCCGAGACUUACUACAUGCACUCCAAAUGGCCGAGGCCGAAGCUUCUUAGUCGCCUCAAAGGCCUCAUCGUCAAUGCCGUUGCUUGGAAUCGCCAGCUAAUCACCGAAGCAUCAACAAAGGAAGUGAUCCUUGGGACCGAGAAUGGGCAGAUAUAUGAGACGGCAGUGGAUGAGGUGGAGAAGAGGGAGAAAUAUGUCAAGCAGCUAUUUGAGUUGACUGAGCUCCGAGAAGCCAUAACAGGCUUGCAGAUGGAAACAGCCUCUGUUGGAAAUGCUACGCGGUAUUACGUUAUGGCUGUAACGCCGACUCGGCUCUACUCUUUCACUGGCAUUGGUUCCCUGGAAGUGGUCUUUGCAAGUUAUUUUGAUCGUGCAAUACAUUUUAUGGAGCUUCCUGGAGAAAUACCAAAUAGUGAAUUACACUUUUUUAUUAAACAAAGAAGAGCGAAACAUUUUGGUUGGCUUUCCGGAGCUGGAAUUUACCAUGGUGACUUAAACUUUGGUGCCCAGCAUAGUUCGGUGACUGGUGAUGAAAAUUUUGUGGAAAACAAGGGCCUAUUAGACUACUCAAAGUUGGGUGAACUGGAUGAAGGUAUUAAACCCAGGUCCUUUGCGGUGUCUGAAUACCAUUUCCUGCUUCUAAUAGGCGACAAGGUUAAGGUUGUUAACAGAAUCAGCCAGGAGGCCGUUGAGGAACUUACAUUUGACCAUAACUCAGAGUCGUCCAAAGGAAUCAUUGGAUUGUGUAGCGAUGCCACUGCUGGAUUAUUUUAUGCUUAUGAUGAAAAUUCUAUCUUCCAGGUGUCUGUCCAUGAUGAGGGCCGAGACAUGUGGCAAGUGUACCUGGAUAUGAAGGAAUAUGCAUCUGCUCUAUCCCAUUGUCGCAAUCCUUCCCAGAGGGACCAAGUAUAUUUAGUGCAGGCUGACCUUGCGUUUUCAUCAAAAGAUUACUACAGAGCAGCAUCAUUCUAUGCGAAGAUAAACUAUGUCUUGUCAUUUGAGGAGAUCAGCUUAAAGUUCAUCACCGUAGGUGAGCAGGAUGCUCUUAGGACUUUCUUAUUAAGAAAGCUUGAUAAUCUCAUGAAGGAUGAUAAAUCUCAAAUCACAAUGAUCUCCACAUGGGCUACAGAACUGUACUUGGACAAGAUUAAUCGCCUUUUGUUAGAAGAUGACACGAGCAAGAUUGCUAAUACAGUGUCAGAUCAGGGUAUGUCAGAGUACCAAUCAAUUGUAAAAGAAUUUAGAGCUUUUCUUAGUGACAACAAGGAUGUAUUGGAUGAGGCAACAACAAUGAGGUUACUCGAGAGUUACGGGAGAGUCGAAGAGCUGGUUUAUUUUGCUGGUUUGAAAGAAAAGUAUGAAAUUGUGGUCCAUCACUACAUUCAGCAAGGAGAAGCAAAGAGAGCAUUGGAAGUCCUUCAGAGACGGAAUGUACCUAUCGAUCUUCAGUAUAAAUUUGCCCCUGAUUUGAUUAGUCUUGAUGCUUACGAGACUGUGGAAUCAUGGAUGAAUACAGGCAACUUGAACCCCAGGAAACUUAUUCCAGCAAUGAUGCGUUAUGCAAGUGAACCACAUGCCAAGAAUGAGACACAUGAGGUCAUUAAGUACUUGGAGUUCUGUGUGAAGAAAUUGCAUAAUGAAGAUUCUGGAGUGCAUAAUUUGUUGCUUUCCUUAUAUGCCAAGCAGGUUUGCCUUAUUAUUAGUUUCUUGUUUGACAUGAUUCUAUUCCUUAUAAUGGAGGACCGCUUUUUUUUUUUGUUUCCUUUUUGUCCCUAACUCUUUUAUCUUUGUCUGAAUUUGUGACAAUUUGAAAUUUAUAUAGAGCAUGGUGACAUUGGCUAUCGAUGUACUUGUGCACUAGCCGUGAAGCUGAAGCAUCUUUAGUAGCACUUCUCUAACAAAUUUAAGUUUUCUAUUAGAAUGAGCGUAAUUAAACAUUUUAGUCAAUAGUUGGUAGGUUUGAUUAUUUUUUAGAAGUACAGUCCUUUCAUAAGAUGAUCAAUGUGGAGGAGUGGAAGAGAGGCGGAAGAUGACGAUAAAAUGGUUCUUUUCAUCCAAGAAUAAAUUUUCAUUACUUAAGAGUUGACAGCUGAUGGCAGGGUGGAUCUGUAUGGAAGAGACGAACUUUUAACUGAGAAACUUGGACUCUUACUGGGAAAGUUAAGUUUUUUGAAAAUGUGAGAGGGAUAUAAAGCCCUUUGAAGUUUUAUUUUUAAGUCUGGAAAUUUUGAAGUACUUAAAGAGUCCAAAAAAAAAAAAUCCUAAUGAAU